AUGGCAUCUUUUAAAACUAUCGAAUUACCAUCGGGCAAAACUUAUGAACAACCUUUGGGUUUAUUUAUCAACAAUGAAUAUGUUGAUUCUUCUUCUUCAGAAACCUUAACUGCCUAUAAUCCAGCUACUGGUGAAGAAAUUUGUAAAAUUCAACAAGCUUGUCCUAAGAAAGAUGUUGAUAUUGCCGUGGCAGCAGCUAGAAAAGCUUUUCCAAUUUGGCACAACAUUCCAGCUGUUGAAAAGAGAGAUUUGUUUUUUAAAUUAGCAGACUUGGUUCAAGAAAAUAAACAGAUUCUCGCUGAAAUUGAAUCAUUGAAUAGUGGGAAACCAAUUGAACAAAAUGCCAAGUACGAUAUCGAUGAGCUAAUCGGGGUUCUAAAAUAUUAUGGUGGUUGGAUUGAUAAAUUGAAUGGUAAAUCAUUUAUCCCUAGCGAUAAAAAAAUAUGUUACACUUAUCACCAACCAUUGGGCGUAGUUGGCUGUAUUAUACCAUUUAACUACCCAUUAGCUAUGAUGUCCUGGAAGUGGACUUCAAUUGCCUGUGGUAAUACGGCUGUUUUCAAAUCAGCGGAUCAAACUCCGUUAUCCACUUUAUAUUUUGCUCAAUUGGUUAAGGAGGCAGGGUUCCCACCUGGUGUCUUUAACGUAGUUUCAGGGUUUGGUUCAACUGUUGGUGAUGCCUUGGUGAAACAUCUAGGCGUUGAUAAAAUAGCAUUUACUGGUUCCACAGUUGUUGGACAAAUGAUUCAAAGGAAUGCAGCUGUUAACUUAAAACCAGUCACCUUGGAAUGUGGUGGUAAGUCGCCUAUUGUCAUAUUUGAUGAUUGUGAUUUUGAUCAAGCAGUUAAAUGGACUGCUUGUGGUAUUUUUAACAACAUGGGUCAAAUCUGUUCUGGUACCAGUAGAUGUUAUGUUCAGGAUACUAUUUAUGAAAAGUUUUUAGUUGAGUUAGCUAAACAUGUUAAGGAAAACUAUCCAAUAGGUGAUCCAAACGAUGCCAAUGUUGUAGUUGGUCCACAGAUUUCACUAAAACAAAAAGAAAGAGUUGGAAAAUAUAUAAAAUCAGCUAUUGAUGAAGGUUGUCGUAUUAUUUUAGGUGGAGAGGGCCUGCCUGAAGAAAUUGUUAGUAGUAAGAAAUUAUCCAAGGGCUAUUACGUUAAGCCAACUAUUAUUGCUGAUAUUACACCUGAAACCACAGUUUCAAAAGAGGAAAUAUUUGGCCCAGUUAUUUCUGUUGGUAAAUUUUCCGAUUAUGAUCAAUGCUUAGAACUAUGCAAUGGUCUUGACUACGGUUUGGGUUCGGCUAUUUUUACACAGGAUAUUACAAGGGCUAUAAAUUUUUCCAAAAAUGUUGAAGCUGGUAUGUGCUGGAUUAAUAGCUCCAAUGAUGUUGAUUUUAAUGUUCCAUUUGGUGGUGUUAAGAUGAGUGGACAUGGUAGAGAACUAGGUGAAUAUGGAUUAUCUAAUUUCACUAAUGUCAAAGCUGUUUACAUCAACUUAGGACAGAAAUUAUAG